AUGACUUCUUUACAAGAUGCAGAUCCAAUCUUAAGAGACUACAUGAUUAAACAUUCACUUCCUCAGAUUUACAAGGCUUUACUUGCUGGGUUAUGUAUCUCUUGCCCUGAAGAUCCUCUGCACUUUAUAGAGGAGAAGAUUCGAGCAAUUCUGGAGGAUCAAGAUUUUGAGAUUUACUGGCACACAUUCAUUGACAAAGACAAACAAGUCUCAUCAUUGGCAGGAGGUCUUGUGUGUGAUAUUUUUGGACAUCUAGAAGAUUGCCUGUGUCUCUCACAUAUGUUGGAGAAAGCAUACUCCUGUUAUCGAAAAAACCUGACCAAAAAGUAUUUCAUGGAUUGGAAGAGUUAUAUUUUGAAGAAGAAAACGAGGACUGCCAGGCUCUUAGAGAGAAUGGAAGAGGCUGAGCUGUAUCACACACAGAGAGGGAUGAGAUUGGCUUUCAUCAAGUGGACUGUGUGGGUUCGGAUUCGCAAGCAGGGGCAGAAUGAUGCUGUGAGGAAACUGCAGAGAGUUCAGGAUUCUGUCCAGUGCAGAAACACCAUCACAGCUUGGCGUCACAUUGUGCGGGACACUAAACGAACAAGGGCGUACUUUAGGAAGCUAGAUAGACAUAUGCAAGAAAAUCAGAACUCAGACAUACCACAGGGCCAUGGACAGGACAGACUAUCACUGCUGCCUAGCAAGCUAUCUCUUAAGAUCUUCCAAAGUUUAGGUGUGGGUGACCUCCUGAAAUGUGCUCAGGUGUGUCGUUCGUGGAAAGCAAUCACUCAGAUCAGCUCACUCUGGACAAAGAUCAAUCUCUCCCCUGAGAGCAGCUGGAUCACAGAUAAGACUGUGGGAAGAAUACUACAGGCACAUCGUGUCUUUGUGACAUCGAUUAACUUGUGCACUUGCACCAUGGUGGAAGGGUCAAGUUUGAGAUGCAUAAGUAAAUUUUCUCUGAUCAGACUUCAUAUUGCAUACAUUUACCAUGUAAUCAAAAAAGUUUAAGAUGCAUUUAUUUUCAAAGGUCAAUGCAAAAAUCUACAAGAACUCAAUCUCAGUGAAUGUCCAAAUGUGAAUGAUGAAAUUAUGAGGGGGAUUUUAGAGUUCUGCCACUCUAUCAUUCAUCUUAAUUUGGCCUACACCCAUAUUACCAAUGACACCAUGAGAGUCCUUUCAAGGUGCUGCCUGACACUGCGGUUUCUGAGUAUUGCAUACUGCAUGGACUUCUCUGAUAAAGGUCUGCAGUAUCUGACCACAGGAAAGGGCUGCCACAGAAUUUGUCAUUUAGACCUCUCGGGCUGUUCUCAGAUAUCUGUGCAAGGAUUUGCAUAUGUUGCUGAGGCUUGCAGUUCACUUCAACAGAUUGUGUUAGAUGACCUGCCCACCCUAACUGAUGCCUGUGUGCAGGCAUUAGCACCUAAAUGUCAUAUGCUGACUGUGAUUUCCCUAUUGGACUCGCCAUAUAUAUCUGAUGUGGCUUUCAAAGCUAUUGCAGAGGUGACCACCCUCACCAAGUUCCAAGUACAAGGUAAUAACCGAAUGACAGACAGCAGCUGGGCGGCCUUGUGCCGAAGCUCUCUGAAACUCAAUGAAGUUCGCGCGUCUGACUGCUCUUGCAUGACUGACGUCAGCAUGAAGUCUUUAGGAAGUCUGUCAAAGCUGUGCAACCUAGACAUAUCAGGCUGUAUAAAGGUGUCUGAUAUAGGAAUCCGCUACAUUACAGAUGGAUCAAGUGCCAUUGAACUACGAGAGCUUGAUCUUUCAUAUUGCCCCAGAGUGACUGACCUGUCCCUCAAGAGAAUAGCUCUUAAAUGUACCAGUCUGACCCACUUGAGAGUGUGUUUCUGUGAGAAUCUCUCUGAUAACGGGUUUGAGAGUCUGGGCACCUGUGCUUCUCUCGUCUCUCUGGACAUCACUGGAUGCAAAAUCCAGGACCAGGGACUAGCAGCCCUGGGUGCCAACCAGAAUCUUAGAAGACUGACUGCAUCUGAAUGUGUUUCCAUAACAGAUCAUGGAAUAAAGAUGUUCUGCAGACAAUCUCAUCAUUUGGAGCUUUUGGAUGUGUGUCACUGUGUGUGUCUGUCUGAUCGGGCAAUCAAAGUCCUUUCCUUCUUCUGCAGAACCAUUGCCACAGUCAGAAUAGCUGGAUGCCCUAAAAUGACAGAUACAUCGGUGAAGUAUCUAACAAGGGUUGGCCACUUCCUGAAAGAGCUGGACGUGAGUGGCUGUUUUCUCUUGACUGACUGCACCCCUUCAUUUCUACUGUGCAGCUGUCCACAGCUGCGUUCCAUCCGCAUGCUCUACUGCAAGAACAUCUCCAAACAGGCCGCUCUGAAGUUGCAGUGCCGCGUCCAACACUGGAGACACAGUAACGACAAUCUGGAUUAAUUACUACGACUCAACGGGAUUCUGGGCCAACCAUAUUUUAAAGCUCCUUGGGGCCAACAGGAGAACGACGGAGAGGAUGAAGACGCCACCAACAAGAUUAAUCAAGACUUACUGCACUGUCGAAAGCU